CAGUCAGUGUUGGUGGAUUUGUGGGGAAUGACGUUUGGAUGACACAGAAGAAGAAAAGUUAAAAAGAAUAUAAGGACUGAGGACAUAUUGGAGCAGCGAUGCCGUUGGUCAACAUGGCCGCAGUGCGGCUUCGGAGGGCGGCGGGGGAAGAGGAGAGGGAGCCGCGGCCGCCUCCAUCCCCGUCUCACCACUCCAACCACCAGUUCGCCAGCAUGAAGAACAAGUUCUUCAACGAGCUCACACACCUGCCAAAUCACAAACUCAAGAUGCCCAUGUGGGCCGUGGGGGCCAUCGUGGUUGUGGUCCUUGCCCUCGUCGCCUGCCUGGGAUUCUGCAUCUACAAGAAGUGUUUCAACAAGGGCAAGAAGCAAAAGGCUCGAGAGAGGAAGGGGGGAGGCGGACGGGGGCGCAGAAAGAAGGAUAAGGAGGGAGAAGAAGGAGACGAGAAAAAGGAUGGAGAGGAAGAGAAGGAAGAGGAGAAGGAGUUCCUGGGCAAACUGGAGUACUCGUUGGAUUAUAACUUUACUGAUAAUCAGUUGAUCGUGGGCAUCCUUCAGGCUCAGGACCUCCCAGCGAUGGACAUUGGCGGAACCUCUGACCCUUACGUUAAAGUGUACAUGCUGCCGGACAAGAAGAAGAAGUUCGAGACCAAAGUUCAACGCAAGAACCUCUGCCCUGUGUUUAACGAGACUUUCACUUUUAAGAUCCCUUACAGUGAGCUGGGUGGUCAAACUCUGGUGCUGCAGGUUUUUGAUUUCGACCGUUUUGGAAAACACGAUGUCAUCGGCGAAAUCAAGAUCCCAAUGAACAGCAUAGACCUCGGACAACCAAUACAUGAAUGGAAAGAUCUAGUUAGUGGAGAAAAAGAAGAGCAAGAGAAACUUGGUGAUAUCUGCAUUUCCCUUCGCUACGUCCCCACGGCCGGUAAGCUGACGGUCAACGUGAUGGAAGCAAAGAACCUGAAGAAAAUGGACGUCGGAGGACUGUCAGAUCCGUUUGUCAAGGUGGUUCUGCAACACAACGGCAAGCGACUCAAGAAAAAGAAGACAUCUGUGAAGCAAAACACUCUUAACCCUUACUUCAACGAGAGCUUCAGCUUUGAGAUCCCCUUCUCCCAAAUUCAGAAAAUCCAGGUGCUGAUCACUGUGUACGACUACGACAAACUGGGCAGCAACGAUCCCAUCGGGAAGUGCUGGAUCGGCUACGGCGCCUCCGGCGUCGGGCUGCGCCACUGGUCAGACAUGCUGGCCAAUCCCAGGCGACCCAUAGCCCAGUGGCACACGCUGCUGCCUGAGGAGGAGGUGGAUGCUGCCCUGAAGGCCCCCAUCCGCUAACAUGGCCCCUGAGACCUGGCCUACUUACAGUGUGACUUCCCAGGAACUACUGACUUAU